AUGGAUUCAACCCAGGCCACCGGAAGUUCGCAGCCAACGGUGUAUGACGCAGCCCUACUAGCAGAGUUGACGCAGAAAUUGGGGAGCGUCGAGAAAGCGAAGGAAGUGUACGCACUGUUCUCCGCUAGCCUAAUGACAUCCGCGGCGGCCAUACCAUCACUGACAAUUCCGGCGGAUUCGGCGGCGCAACCGGCAGUUUUCCAAGAAGAAGGGCCUCGAGACUCUGGAUCUCAACAUGCAGAAACCGCUUCACGGGAGGCGGAUAAAGAAGAGGCGGUGCACGAACGGCCGGAGGAUGGUGGGCAGACGAACGGCGGAACAGAGGUGGAAACCGAACAACAAGGUGACGGAAACCCUAAUUCUGAGGGUAAGAAAGAUGCUGAGGGGGAAACCCCUGUUGUGGAAAGUAUUGUUGAGGGGGAAACCCCUGUUGUGGUAGAAGUUGCUGAGGGGGAAACCCCUGUUCAAGAAUCGAUGGCUGAGGGGGAAACCCCUAUGGAAACUGGGGAUGAAACCCCUACGGAUUUUAGGGGUGCGACCCCUGAACCCAUGGAAGAGGGGGCAACCCCAAGUGAUGUCAGGGGGGAAACCCCCGUUUAUAUUGAGGGGGCAACCCCGAUGGUGGAUGAUGUGGGGGAAACCCCGGAAAAAUUUGUGGAAGAAACAGAUCUACAUGUUACUGGAGUACCGGAGCCCGUUGAGGAAGGGCUGAAUUUGAUCGUGGACCUGGUGGAUGACCAGGAAGAGGAUGAACCCCAAGUGGACAAGAGGACAGAGAGGAGACGAGCCAGGAGGAGUCUGCUCGACGAAGUUGAUGACUUAGUUCCAGAUGCUGAGGAGGCAGAGGAACGUCGCCUGGUCAAGGAGAGAGCGAGAAAAGGAAAGGCAGCGGCGACCACGUCUACACGGUCAAGGAAAGCUCCCUCCGUCCAGGAGGUUGAGGAGACCCUUUCCCCAGUGACCGAAGAUCCCUCUGCCGAGGAACAAGACAAGCCUACCCAUGAAUCCGACUCUGAACUUGGGGAAUCUGAAGAGGAAUUUGUCCCGGGACGACCAGAGAUUUGGCUGACUAAGGAACUGCUAGAGUCGAUGAAGCAGUUCGACGAUCAGAAACGGGCCACAGUGUACAAGGAACGAUGCAGUGCAGGGAAAAUGGCUAAGUUCUGGGAAGCAGUACAGCUCCAAAGAACUUCGGAUGAUCGCAUGCGAUGA